AUGAAGUUUUCUUCUGUGCUCUCGUUCGCGGGAUACCGCUUGCCGCUGCGUCUGUCCGUCGAGGAGGAGGCGGACUUUAGUCCUCCUCCUCGACCUGUCGUCGACCCGUCUUGCUUUGCGGUGCGUGCUCGUACACCACCGCCUCAGCAAUCCAAACCUCCUCCGGCUUUCGCUCUUCCGCCAAAGAAAGAGAGUGAGGCCAAAGUCGCCGAAGAGGGCGGUGAGGUUGCUGAGGUGGUGGUGGUGAGCAAGAAAAGGGCUGGGGCGAAGGGGCUCGCCGGCCCGGCGAAGAAGAAGCCGCGGGCGGCGGCGAAGCCGCCCAAGAAGGGCAAGAAAGAGAAGAAGGAGAAGAAGAAGGAGGAGGAGGAGGAGAAGGAGAAGGAGAAUGUCGCCCCCGAGUGA